CUAUCAAAUUUAAUCUUUAGAUUCAACUCCACAAACACUACUCUCAAAAAAAAUAAGAAACUUCACGAACACUCUCUGUUCUUCUUCAUCAAAUUUUCGAAACAACCAUGAAAAUCGUCCGCAAGGACUUUGUCCGUAACGGACCCGGAAGCGUCAAGAUGGUAGCUGUUGAUUCCGACGAUUUAUGGUAUGCCUAUAACUUGAUUGCUCCUGGGGACAGUGUUAUGGCUGUAACUGUCAGGAAAGUACUUAGAGAAGCUGCUUCUGGUGGAAGAGAUGCAGAGCGUGUGAAGCUGAAUCUGGAAGUUAAAGUUGAAGAGGUUGCGGAUUAUGACAAGGUUGGAGAGGUCUUGCGGAUACGUGGAAAGAACAUUUUGGAGAAUGAACAUGUAAAGAUAGGAGCUUUCCAUACAUUAGAACUUGAGCUGAAUCGGCCUUUUGUAUUAAGAAAGGACGUUUGGGAUUCAUUGGCAUUACACGUACUUCAACAAGCCUCAGAUCCCACUGCAAGCGCAGAUCUAGCUGUUGUUUUAAUGCAAGAAGGAUUAGCACAUGUUAUGCUCAUUGGUAAAAGUAUGACAACAACUCGUGCAAGAAUUGAAACUUCAAUUCCACGCAAGCAUGGACCUGGUAUUGCUGGUUAUGAAUCUGCCUUGAAUAAAUUCUUCGAGAAUGUUUUACAGGCUUUCCUGAAGAAUGUUGAUUUCAAUGUUGUUCGAUGUGCUGUGAUUGCUAGCCCUGGUUUUACUAAGGAUCAGUUCCAUCGACAUUUACUGUUGGAGGCAGAAAGAAAGCUACUGAGAACUAUUAUUGAGAAUAAGUCUCGCAUAAUUCUCGUGCAUACAACCUCAGGCUACAAGCAUAGUCUGAAAGAGGUUCUGGAAGCUCCAAAUGUCAUGAAUAUGAUCAAGGAUACCAAGGCAGCACAAGAGGUCCGAGCUCUUGAGGAAUUCUUCAGCAUGCUUUCAAAUGAUUCAGCUCGAGCAUGCUAUGGACCCAAGCAUGUUGAGGUAGCCCAUGAGCGCAUGGCUGUUCAAACGUUGCUCAUCACAGACGAUCUCUUCAGAAAUGCCGAUUUAGUUGCCAGGCGAAGGUAUGUCAAUUUGGUCGAGUCAGUGAAGGAUUCGGGCGGUACUGUUCAUAUAUUUUCAUCUUUGCACGUCUCAGGAGAACAACUGGCACAGAUAAGUGGCAUUGCAGCAAUUCUUCGUUUCCCUCUACCGGACCUUGAAGACAUAGAGAUGUGAUGAAGCACCACAUGAGAGAGAUCUUGUUAUUGGAAAAUUCUAUUUGUAUUUUUUAUAGAAACCUGUAAUAAGGUUCAUAUUCACUGCCAUAUAUAGGUUUAUUUUAUUAAUUCCUUUGUCUUAUUGUCAACAUAAAAGCUAGGUUAAAUUAUUCAAUAGGUGAAGCACUACAUAUGUAUUACUCAAUUGUUUGGCUGUACUGCCUCUGAAUAUAAAUGUAGUCUUCAUAUGCCCUUUUAUUUUAAUUUUAUUUUUCCACUUCUGUUA